CACCUGCACCUGUCAUUCUAGGACUUUGGGGGGCUCACCUACCUCAUGAAUAAUCAAUCAAUCAGACCAUCUUUUUUCUUCUGCUUGUCCUCGUUGCCUAGGUAUCUGUUACACCCUCUUUUCCGCCUUCUUUGGACUUGAUUGCGUAUGCCCACAUUCAUUUGUGCAUUGCGUUUAGUUCUCAUGGCCUAGUCACUCACUCGCAUUCGCAUUUUAUAAGGUACAUACAUAUAUGUGAAGACGCCUAGAUUCAGUAUCCUCAGUAUCCUCAGAUCAUUAUUCUUCGACUAGUAUUCCUUUGUAUUAUCCCCGCUCAUAGCAACGCCCUCGCCUGCGCCACCGUUUAGAAGCUAUGGGCAUCUUCAAUCAGAAAUCCCGGUUGAAGGCCGCACCUCAGGAAAUCCGCGUAGAAAAAGUCGUCGUUCCCACCAAGCCGCGGCCCAGCUUAACCGUGAAUCCUCCCCGCGUGUCUUCAAGCCAUUACUCCGCGUCUCCCCGCCUCUCGCCAAAUCCGCGCCUCUCACGACCUAAAAGCGCGUCGCCAUAUCCUUCCUCUUCUGACGAGAAGCGCGCUAUUGUAAGAAAGCGCAAAGCUAUAGCCAGUACCCCACGAGACUCCCCCGCCUUCGGGAACGAUUCGGAAUCGGAGGAUGACGAUAGCGAUCCUUUCCGAAAGCGACUGCGACGUAGCGAAUCAAGGUCAGUGGAUCUAAAUCGCAAGCUGCGCCAUAAGAAGGCAUUUGGCGAUGAGAUCAGAGACCCACGCAUCAUCCACGCGGCGGAUAUCGCCUCGGUCGCCACAAAGUGUCCGCCAAUUCAAGGCGCGAAACCGGAAGAAGUUGCGAUAGAGCUGCAAUAUCCGUCUCGGUGUAAGCGUGAGAGAUACGAGCUAGUAUGGCAGAAAGAUAAGAUCGACGCUGUUAAAGACAUUCUUUUAGUCGUGGAGCACGUGGCCGAGACAUAUCUCACCGAUGACGAAGCGAAACCUUUCAUCGACCACAACGCAAGCUUCAGAAGACAGAUGGAACGCGCAAUAAGCGAGAAAUAUAGAGAUGUGCCGGUAUUCAGGGCAGCACUUAAAAACUACAAUGACAAACUAUUAGAAUUGGUGGAGAAUGGUACGAUAGCGAAGAACCUAGAGCAACAGCACCAUCUUCCGCCCAGUCUGGUGUCGUUCAUCCUCACACAAGUAUACGAUCGCACGGUUGCGCCGAAGGUAGAGAUGCUCACGAAAUACGAGAUGGGAAGCGACAACGUCUACGGAGAGCUGCUGCACCCUUUCAUCACGAAGCUGCUCGUCGAGCAGACGAAAAUGACUUCCGACCAGGUUUUCAUAGACCUUGGUUCUGGGGUAGGUAACGUCGUACUUCAAGCGGCCCUUGAGAUCGGCUGUCGGAGUUACGGUUGCGAGAUGAUGGAGAAUGCCUGCAAUCUCGCCGAAGCUCAGGAGAAGGAAUUCAGAUCCAGAUGUCACCUUUGGGGCGUCGCGCAUGGGCGGGUUCAUCUUGAGAGGGGCGACUUUCGCACCAACGCCAAGAUCUUGGAGAAGUUGAAGGAGGCGGACGUAAUACUCGUCAAUAACAAAGCCUUCACUUCCACUCUUAACGAUGCCCUUAUUAACAUGUUUUUGGAUUUGAAAAGGGGCUGCAAGAUCAUAUCGCUAAAGUCCUUCGUCCACGAAAAUAAAACCGCUAUUAACGAUGUCGCAAACAGUAUCCUUGACGUCCAGCAUUACCGCUACCACGAGAACUGGGUCAGUUGGGCCGCUGCGGAAGGCGACUACUAUAUCUCCAUCAGGAAAUAAUAACGCCGACCAGUCUAUAGGGGGAGAGAAGUCAGCAAUGUUUCCAUGUAUAGAAUUCAGAGGACGGGUAGGUGAGAGCGCGCGUUAGGAUACCACAUUCGCAUAGAUAAGCAUGAUUCGAAGGAUACCAAGGGAUGCGAUCAAAUGGUAAGGACU